AUGGAAAAGCUUGUGAUCGAGAUCCCUCUGGUUGAUGCUGUGAAGAUCACUCUGGUUAUCAAACGCUAUGGUAAGAGAAUGGUGACCAACAAUCUCAGUCACGAGCAAAGAGUGAUGAUGAUUUCUGAGAAAGUCAGUGCUGUGAUUCAGAAUAAAAUUCCAGAGAAGCUCCCAGACCCAAGAAGCUUUGUUUUGGACUGCUCUAUCUUCUCAGAGAGGUUCAAGAGAUCGCUGUGUGAUCUUGGUUUGAGUGUUAACCUCAUGUCAUACUAUGUAGCUUAUAGCCUUGGGAUGACUGAUUUCAAGCCAACUAGGAUCUUUCUGAUCCUAGAAGAUCGAUCUACAAGAAUCCCAAAAGGUGUCUUGAAAGAUGUUCCGAUUAAACUUGGUGAUUGCAUGAUUUCUACAGAUUUCGUGGUUCUGGAAUUCGGAGAAGAACCAAAUGAUCCUCUAAUUUUUGGUAGACCAUUUUUAGCUACAGCUGGAGCAGUAAUUGAUGUCAAGCAUGGUAACAUUGAUCUCCACCUGGGAGAUACAAUCAUGAACUUCAAGAUGGAGAAACUGAAGGAUCCAACCAUAGAUGGUCAGACAUUCCAAGUCAGUGCAAUACCAGAAGUGAUAGUUGGAGAUCAGAAGGUGCUUGAUGCUGAGAUGGUGAUAGAUCAACCUGAGUUGACUAAGACGUCUACAAAACCAGUAGCUGCUAUUGAGCAGACAGCUCAAAACAUCAUGCUUCAUUCAUCUCCACCCAAACAAAGGUACGCACCUCUUGAACCUAAUCCUAAUUUUUGUGAUAUCAUCAAAACUGAUUUGAAAGAUCCAGACUCUGUCUCACGAUGCAAGCUACGUGAUUAUCGUAUAACACUUGAUUUUUUGAUUGAUGAUAUUGCAGGGAAUAGGUUAAAAUCGUCUAAACACAGAUCUCACCCUGGUGCUAUUCCUGCAUUCCUUGGACGACCUCAUGCGCACAAUGCCUACAAAUCACCAUAG